AUGCGGCGGAACGCCUGCGGCGGAACGCCUGCCAGUGAUACCAUCACACCCCUAAAAGACAACAAAACCUUUAUCAUUAACGCAUACUCUGAUAAUAGAGAAAGCGAGAACAAAACGACACGGGUGAUUGGAAUAGUCCAUCAUAAAGACGUCAGGGAACUUUAUUGCUGGUUUUGCUGCUCAUCCAUUCAUGAAAUACGUAUCUCCCAAGCUAAAAUAGAUGUCCAUGUUGAUCGAUUUGAUUUUCCUUAUGGUGCCACAGACUUGCAAUGUCUUGAACCUAAAGACUGUGAGCCCCAUUACAUAAUGAUCCAUUGGUCCCGUGAAGGCAAAAUUGACCAACUGCCAGAGUUUGAAAUAAGAAACCGCUAUGCUGAGGAUGACCUUUUGGGAUUCACCGUCUGCAUCUCCACCAUGUUUGGAAACUACAACAAUGUCCUGCAGUUUGUGCAGAGUGUGGAGAUGUAUAAAAUUCUCGGAGUGGAGAAAGUGGUGAUCUACACGAAUAACUGCAGCCAACUGAUGGCAAAAGUGCUGGAUUUUUAUGUUGCAGAAGAUAUUGUCGAAAUAAUCCCUUGGCCGAUUGAUUCAUACCUCCGUACUACUUCUCACUGGCAUUACUCAAUGGAUGCCAAAGACAUUGGCUACUACGGGCAAAUUACAGCCUUAAAUGAUUGCAUCUAUCGCAACAUGUACAAGACCAAAUAUUUGCUGCUCAAUGACAUUGAUGAAAUUAUUCUGCCUAUUAAAUAUCCAGAUUGGAAAACGAUGAUGCACAACUUGCAGAAGCAAAACCCAAAGAGUGGCAUUUUUCUCUUUGAGAACCAUGUCUUUCCUAAAACCAUAUUCGAACCCAACAAUCCAUUCAACAUCUCACUUUGGGGCUCAGUGCCCGGAGUCAACAUAUUGCAGCACGUCAUGCGGGAGCCUGAUAGGAAACACGUUUUCAAUCCUCGGAAAAUGAUUGUUGAUCCAAGGAAAGUGAUCCAGACCUCUGUCCACUCUGUUCUCAAGGCGUACGGGAAGCACGUUUAUGUCCCAAUGGAUGUUGCCUUUGUCUAUCAUUGCCGGAUUCCCUUUCAAAAAAAGCUGCCUAGAGAAUCCCUGAUUAAGGAUACAACAAUCUGGAGAUUUAAUAAGUCACUGGUUGGGAAUGUUACUGAGGUUCUACAACAAACAGUGUUGUAA